AUGGACGAUGACGGGAGAGCUGCUAUCAGUCCGUGUUUCUCCUCGCAAAUGCGGAGGUGGCCAUGUGAAUUUCGGGAAAGCCUGUCCGCUUAUCGCCCGGUCCACUUCCAACCACCUUCCCUUAACCUCCCCUUCGUCCCGACACUAAACGAGAACUCCGUUGCAAUCCAAUCAUCCUCAGCCAUGAAGGUCACCAUCAAAGAGUGGAACGCCGUUGCUACUUGGCGCUGGGAUAUGCCCGAUGAUGAAGUGUGUGGUAUUUGUCGGGUUCAAUUCGAUGGUACAUGUCCGACCUGUAAAUUCCCAGGUGAUGAUUGCUCGCUAUUACUGGGAAAGUGUGGCCAUUCAUUUCAUAUGCACUGCCUCAUGACUUGGAUCCAACAAGAGUCCUCGAAGGGACUCUGUCCCAUGUGCAGACAGAGUAUGUCACUAAUAACUAUUAUACUGCUUAUCUCUAUAUAUUUUCUGCAAUCACUCAACAUCCGUGCACAUAAACAAACCUCUGUUUACCGCCGAUCGGGUCACCUGACGCUAUCGAUAAGGCAGCAGAUGAUCCGCGCUGAAUGCGGCAAGUCAGUAGUUCCCCAGAGAUACGGGAAGCUUGCUUGCCUCCCCGUAGCAUCUCAGCUCCACCCAGACAUGUCUCUUCCAAAACACACCUCCCCAUCUCCCUUAUCCUCCUCACCCUCCCGCCAAUCAGUCCGCCGAACCUCAGGAUCUCGCCCCCAGAGCAUCAUCGACCGGCCCGGCACCGCCCAACAGGUCACCGACAUUCCGGAGGAGCAUGACUCUCACGAAGCUGCACCUGCACCAGCUCCAGUCCCACAGGUACACGCCCCUACCGAGCACGACAAACCCCACGAUACAACACCCACCUUCCAACCCUUCUUCACCCUAAUCGAAGACGCCAACUCCUCCGAAUACCACCACCCCACAGUGCACUACAUCUUCUCCGACGAUGACACCGACAUCGUGACUGAGGCGGCCCUACGCGCCCUAGAAGCAGAGCCCGAUCUUUUCGCAGCCAACGGAAAGGGUAAAUCCAAACCCACACAAGACCACCGCCACGAAGCAGACGGUGGUGCACAGGGCACAUACCCCGAAGACGAUGAAUACGCCCACCAGAGGAAGGAAUCCCUCCUCCCGGACCCUAUCCCAGGCGUUCGCGAUAACUACGUGAUCCUCGAUAUAGACUAUGCGUCUCCAGACGGUGCACAAAAUGACACUACAGUCCCAAACACCGAUGGCGCGGCGAGCGCUCACGAAGCCCAAGGAACAGGGCCUCCGCUUGCACAACAGCAACAGCAGAGUCAGAACCAACCAUCGGCGCAUAAAUACACCGUGACCUCUGCACACAGUCUGUCGCCAGCAUGGCAGGUACUGAAUACGCAACUAGUUUCGGCGCCUACCUUCGAGAAUAACAACUCGUCCGGGGGACAGCCGCCUAAUGGGAGUCUGAUGCUCAAGAUCAAAGGCACAGCAGGGCUGCCUAUGAAUAUGCCGGGGAAGGAUAAAGAUAGAGAGAGAAGUAGUCAGCGGUUGGAGGAUAUGAUGGAUCAGUUCGCGAAACGGUUGACGGAACUAAGACAAGUAAUCGGUGCUGAGGAGCAGGCGGAAGAUGCGGAAGGAGAAGUGGGAGGCGACUUGGCACUACCUGAGGAAGGGGAUGUCGAAGGUGCUCCUGUGGUUAAUACUGAAGAGCCUAACGAAGCCCAGACUCAUGUUGAGGGCGGUGGGGAGAACGAGGGACAGUCUGCAGAAAAUUGA